AUGAACAAGGUACAAGAGUACAACGACGCCUUUGACAAGCCGCUCGAAGGCGAGUGGCCGGAGCUGCUCCGCAAAGCGCAGGUGCGGCGGACGAUGCGGCAGUUCCAGCAGAACCCACUCAAGUACGGGCUUCGAGUGUCGGAGAUGCAGUCGUGGCACCGGGUGAGGCCGCGCGACGACGAGGACGACGAGGACGACGACGAAGAUGACGACAAGGCGGGCGACGACGAGCAGGUCAUCUUCAUGCCAGAGGCGGACCGGCCCCUCGCCGAGCACAUCAUGUUCGAGCUGCACUACAACGCCAUGCUCAACCGGUCGACGGAGCGGCGGCGCAGCGGCAUGAUGCCGUGCCUUCGGUGCGCGGGCAAGGGGCUGUUGUGCUCGCUGGAGCUGUUCGAGACGGAGCAGGACACGCGCUGCACGCGCUGCGUGCGCCACGGGUGCAGGUGGUGCGUGCUGCAGUCGACGUUUGGCGGCGCAGACCUCGACACGGUGUUUUGGGCGCCGUUCCGAGGCGAGACGCCCGCGCCGCCCAUCACGGCGGCCGAUAUGUCCGCCGUCUUCUUCCGUCACCGCCUGCCAAAGUGGUGGGAGGAGUUCUGGGCCUACGUGCGCAGCGACGAGCUGACCGUCGAAGACGUGUUUGGCCUCGCGCGCGAGUUCCUCGAGGGCGAGCGGAGGGUGUACGCAGGCGUCACGGACGCCGCGGUCAAGGCCGAGCCCAAGGGGUUUGAGCUGCCUCCAUGGCACAGAAAUGAUGCGCCCGACGCAAAGGACGAUCCCCUCUGGUCGCCAAAGACGUGGCAGAGAUACUUUGCCAACGUGAGGGCAAUGAAGGAGCAAGCAAAGGCAGCGAUUGUUGAAGAAGUAACCGAUACGAAGCCUACAGGGGCUUCGGUAUGGGAAGAUGAAGACAUAAUUCAAACCCCUUCCAGUGAAGUGGGAGGGAGCUCGACCGAGGAUUCGUCUUUCGAGAGCCACUCCUCCUGA